AUGGAUAUGGCUGAACAGGGCGCCUUGAGAGAUCUACUUCUGUACAAAAUGUUCGCUGAUCGAGAGACGGAGAUCUUCCGCGAACUUAUCGAUCCGAACUUUCCUGACCUUGUCGACGUUGCAAAAACAUGUCCUCUGGUGAUGGUGAACUCCAACGAACUGUUCGAGUUGACUCGACCAACACUCGCGAAAGUUGUGAAUAUUGGAGGUGUUGGCAUCCAAAUAAAGGAUGCCUAA